AUGCCGUUUUCACAUCAUAGUCAUUCUGGCCAGUUCUGCGAGGGCCACGCAAAAAACUCGCUAGAAGAUAUCAUUCGGACUGCGAUAGGGAAAAAGAUUCUUUGUAUCUGCGUGGAGUCAUCAAAGGUGACAUUUAUUGAAGCAAACGCUACGGAGGCGUCUCUGAUCGAGAAUGAAAGCGCUUACUUUAAAGAAUCCCAACGUCUACGGGAGAAAUAUAUCUCGGAGAUAAAUAUCCCCAUUGGAUUUGAAUGUGACUGGAUUCGCCCCUCGUCGUUGACGUGGAUCCAAAACUCAUUGGCGCGGUUUCCAUUCGAUUUCUUCGUAGGCUCGGUACACCAUGUACACACCAUCCCGAUUGACUAUGACACCGUCCUUUAUCAUAAGGCAAGAGAGAUCGCUGGGGGGAAGGAUGAGAGGCUAUUUGAGGAUUACUUUGAUGCCCAGUUCGCCAUGCUCAAAGCGCUGAACCCACCAGUUGUUGGCCAUUUCGAUCUCAUUCGAUUAAAAAGUGAUGAUCCUGAACGAAGCUUCCAACAGUGGCCGGCAGUCUGGGAAAAGAUCCUGAGAAAUUUGGACUAUGUGGCAGAAUAUGGGGGGAUUUUGGAACUCAAUUCCGCUAGUCUAAGGAAGGGGAUGACUGAACCAUACCCCAAGGCUGAGAUCUGCAAGGAAUUUCUCGCACGGAAUGGCCGAUUCUCCCGAAACCAUGACGACAACGACGCCAGCAAAAGCUACCAGUCCAUACCACAAGCUGCGCUUCCGCUUCCUGGGUUUCCCGCAAAAUGCGAUACAACCUAUGCAGCCACGGAGCCGGAUCGCUCACUGAUUGCAUGA